AUGGCCGCGCGGGCGCAGAAGCCGGUCGGCUCUGCCGCAUGGAUCUCGACCGAAAAAGAGAACGUGACGCAGCUGGUGGAUCAGGAAAUGGAAGAAGUCGAGUAUCCAGUGCGUCAUGAGAUGGAUUGGUUGAACGAGCAUAUGUCCGAGAUCUUUUCCAACAAUCAAUUCAAUUUCACUGAAGCCUUCAAAACGCCUGGCAAACUUAGAGGCAAAACCCCUCGAACUGCACGAAAACGGGACGCCAAUGAACCCCGACUGCCUUUGAGUGAAGUCUUUUCUUCCUCCCACAAGCGCGUCGAGAACAAAUUCAACGCUAGCCCGGCAGCUCACCGGUCACCUACUAAAGCCAUUCCCCCUCCAACUUUAGCCCUCAGCCCAACCAAGACCAAAACCCAAAACCCCGCGGAAAAUGCGUCGCACCCUGAGUACCCCGACCUGAGCAAAAAUCUCAACUCUUUCCCCAAAUACAACACCGACUCGGGCUAUCAUGGCAUGCAAGAUGACGAUGAAGAGGAGGAAGAGGAGAACGGCGACGACGACGACAUGGUCCUAACCCAGGUGCAACCUGAGUCUCAGGCGUCAACACAGCCUAUUGAGAAAGAACCAACUCCAGCAAACACACAGGAGCACCGCUCGUCCCCCGCCCGUCGCACAACAGGAGGCUCGUUCCAUUCAGCACAGGAGAAUGUCCGUCAGCGUGGUGAGACGGUCGAGCCAUCCCCGAAGAAGAAUACCGACGAGCCUUCUCCUGAAUCACCGGCCAAGACCGAAGAACCGGAACAACCGACCGAUAUUUCUAGCCCAGUGCAACAACAGACUUCCGAGCCGAUAAAGGAACCGGAACCGGAACCUGCCCCGGAAACGACCACAGAGCCAGAAAUGGCGCAUGACGAGGAGCAACAGAAACUUGAUGAAGCGCAAGAUAAAGAAGAGCAGGAAAUUGAGCCGGAGCUGGAGCCGGAGUUGAAACCUGAAGACCAGGCUGCGCAAACCACUGCCAAGUCGUCCCCAGUGAAAGCCGCCGUGGAAGACCCCGUGGAGCCUCCUUCCGAGCCCCAGCAUGAGGAACAUGAAGAGCCAGAAAAUCAAAACAAUGAUGAUAAGGAUGAGAUGGCUCUCGAUGAUAAUCUCGACGACCUCGGCUCGCCUUCCGAUGGUUCAACACCCGAGCGCCCCCCGAUCCGGAAGAGCAGCUUAUCUUUCGCGUCGCUCCCUGCUCGCGAACCGUUGAUGAAGAGAAGCCUGGGCGGCACUAGGCAUUCUCGCACUAGCCACAUUGAUACUUCCAAACUAAGUGGUAUCGGUUCUAACUACCUUGGCAGACAGACGGGUGGGCAUAGAAUGACCCAGGCAGCUGCGGAUGACAACGCAUCGUUGAACGACCGAAUGGACGUCGAUGAGAACAGAGAGACAACCCGCGAUGAUGACCACGAUACGGACACUCGAGCAAGCAAACUGCACACCAAGUCGUCCACUCAGAGGCUUCACGAGAAGAUCAGCAUGCUUGGGAAGCUUCAGCCGUCGCGACCCACGAAGUCCAUCCCCUCGGCCCCCAGUUUGGCUCCUACUACGCAAGUGUCAUACCCUGAACUCCCGGCAACCAAGUUGGACACAAGACCGGAAGAGAAUAACCAGAAGUCCCACGAGGAGACGCCAGCCCCAGAACCUAUGGCAGUCGACGACGAUUGGAUCAAGCCAUUCAGCUCGCCUUACAAGACGAACAUGCCCAGACCCCAGGCGAAAGAUGUUGCGGAGAAGAAUUCGUCCCCGACUGUUGAGACGGAGCGCAGCUUCCAGAAGGACAAUGACUCUGUUUCCCAAGUCCACAGCACGAACAAUGGCGAGAAGACCAGGGCCAGCGCGAAGCAGUCAUCCGAACAAUCCCGUGAGAAAUCCUCCACGCCAGUUUACACAUCCCCGCACCGUUCUUUCCACAAGAGAAACGGAUCCUUUUCCUACAACGACUCUCUCAGGUCUACUACACCAGUCGGUUCUCCCUCGCGUCAACAGGAUGGUCCGAUCAGCGCGUCCAAAUUUCGAUUGCAAUCCAUCGUUAGAUCUGCCAAGGGUCUGUUCUCAAAUGCCGGGGGAGUGUCUGCAGCUGCCAAGGUGGAGGCUUCUUCUCCCGGUGAACCUCCCAGUGUUGUUCCUCAGCCCCGUGAGCGCGCCAACACAGUUGCUGCCAAUGAGAAGCAGCAGCAGCCUGCUCAGCCUUCUAGCCCACGACCCGAGGGCCGCAGGACUCGUAGCUCGACGGAGCAGAAGCGCAAGCAGAAGGAGCAGGAAGACCGCAAGCGUGAAGAAGAGGAAGAGGAAGAGCGAGCCGAGAGGGCUAGGCAGGAAAAGCAAGAGAAACAGCGGGCGGCACAACUAAAGGCUGCUCAAGAGAAAGCAGAGAAGGCCGCCCAGGAGAAGGCUGCUGCUGCUGCCGCUGCUGCAGAGCAAGAGGCGCGUGCUGCUCAAAACUCGACGUCCAUCACGGCCCCGACCCCUCAGAGAAUUCCUCAGAUGCAAAGGCAUACGUCAAGAGAGCCAGAAACUGCCUCUCAGGCACCUAAGCAGGGCCCUGGCCGACCUGCCAAGCCCAACCGGGACACAUUGCAGAAGCCUAAACCUCAGCCCGUGUCUAUUCGAGUCGGUAGCGCCCUCUCUCGGCAUAUACCUAUGGCGUCCAGCGUGACAGAAUCAAGCCUCCCGGCGCCCACGCCAGCUUCGGCUACGAAACAACCUGGUCUCAAGAAAAAAGCUAGCAACCAGUCCUUGCACACUGCAUCCUCAAACAGCAGUUUCAAGAGCACGGCGUCGACUCAAUCGCAGCGGAAAGCCCAGCUCGCAAGUGAAAGGAAGAAAGAACAGGAGGAGCGCGAGGCACGACGCAAGGAAGAACAGAGACGGGAGUUGGAGCGCCGACGGGCUGCCCAACAACAGGAAGAGGCACGUCGUCAGGAGAUGCGAAGCCGGGCUGAUAAUGAGCGACGGGAACGGCUUGCUGCCGAGGACCCCAAGAAGGCCGCUCAGAUGCAGGCAAUUGAAAAGCGGAGGUUGGAAAAUGCUCGGCGGUUGGAGAGACAGGGAAGCCAGCAGCCUAAUGAGAUGGCACCGUCGACAGCAUCACAAUCCGCCCAGCCUGCUCGGCCUGCGUCCCGACUUGGGUCUAUCCAGCCUUUUGGUCGUUCGAUCAACCCUCCUCAGCCUAACCCGGCCAAACCGCCCAAGCGAGGGUUGGACGAGGAAGCGAGCCACCGCCCGGCUGCAACCAAGACCAGUACCAUCCAGCCUUCAGGUGAGACCAAGCGGAGAAGAACCGAGGACGAACACAGUCCGGUUAUGCGACCCACGAUGGCACCGCCUAUCCGGCAGUCGAAUAUCCGGAAGGAAUCAAACAUUCGCAAGGAUCCUACGAAACCUUCUAUCUUCGGCCACGGGAAGCCCUCCCUGUCGCACCAGACUGGAUCGUCAAUCUUUAAGACUGCUCAGCCUCAAAGACCUGCCCACCCCAUGGACAUGGCGAAGUACACGACCGGCAAGAUCCCCUUCGCGGAACCGUCCAAUGCUCAGCAAGCUCAACAGCCUGCGCCGCACAAAACGCCUGGUGCCAGCUCGUCUCAGAAGCCACCAGCCAAGCCGUCGCCCAAGUACCCCAGCGGCGAGAACAUUCACCUCCCCGAGAUCGCCACCGACAGUGAAGACGAGGACUCGGAAGCCGAGAUGCUUCCCGUGCCGAAAUGGGCCCAGCCCAAGGAGCUCGAGAGUCUUCUUCGACAGCAGGAGGGAAUGGAAGUGGACUCUAUCUUUGGGCCCAUCGCGCCAUUCUCGCUGGAGGAUACUUUCAAGGCCGACAAGAAGAUCAAGAAAUUCCGCGAGCGAACCAGCAGUGCGAACUGGGCGGGUACCGACGCAUUGACCCAGGAAGAAAUUCGACGUGAUCUUGCGGAACGACAACGCUUGCGAUUGAAUGGGGGGUGGACUUUUGGAAAUUAA